GAUGCCCUCCUGGGCUCAGGCACCGACAGAGAGGAGCCAGGUGGCAGCAGGCAGGGCGCGCCGCCAGAGUGCCCAGCUCCCGGGGCUGCCUGCAGGGUGGGGCCGCCCUCGCCGCCGCUCCCUCUCCGCGCCUUCCCCAUCCCCAAAGAGGACACCCCUCCUUCCGCCCGGCCCGCUCCCCACCCUCGCCGCGGCACCGCCUCCCCAGCCGCCCGCCCGCCCGCCCUUGCCCAGCGCCUCCCAGGCAGCCAGCGAGCGAGGGGAGCGCUCUGGGAUGGGACUUGGAGCAGGCGGCGGCGGCGGCGGAGAUAGAGGCAGAGGCUGGGGCUCCGUCCUCGCCUCCCACGAGCGAUUCCCGAGGAGAGCAGCGGCCCUCGGCUAGGCGAAGAGGCCGACGAGAAAGACCCGGGUGACUGCGCUCCUGCCUCGCUUCCCAGGCGCCGGCGGCUGCAGCCUUGCCCCUCUUGCUCGUCUUGAAAAUGGAAAAGAUGCUCGCAGGCUGCUUCCUGCUGUUCCUCGGGCAGAUCCUCCUCCUCCCCGCCGAGGCCAGGGAGCGGUCACGUGGGAGGUCCAUCUCUAGAGGCAGACACGCUCGGACCCACCCGCAGACGGCCCUUCUGGAGAGCUCCUGUGAGGACAAGCGGGCAGACCUGGUUUUCAUCAUUGACAGCUCCCGCAGUGUCAACACCCAUGACUACGCAAAGGUCAAGGAGUUCCUCGUGGACAUCUUGCAAUUCUUGGACAUUGGUCCUGACGUCACCCGAGUGGGCCUGCUCCAAUAUGGCAGCACUGUCAAGAAUGAGUUCUCCCUCAAGACCUUCAAGAGGAAGUCCGAAGUGGAGCGUGCUGUUAAGAGGAUGCGGCAUUUGUCCACGGGCACCAUGACGGGGCUGGCCAUCCAGUAUGCCCUGAACAUCGCAUUCUCAGAAGCAGAGGGGGCCCGGCCCCUGAGGGAGAAUGUGCCACGGGUCAUAAUGAUUGUGACGGAUGGGAGACCUCAGGACUCUGUGGCCGAGGUGGCUGCUAAGGCACGGGACACGGGCAUCCUAAUCUUUGCCAUUGGUGUGGGCCAGGUAGACUUCAACACCUUGAAGGCCAUUGGGAGUGAGCCCCAUGAGGACCAUGUCUUCCUGGUGGCCAAUUUCAGCCAGAUUGAGACGCUGACCUCUGUGUUCCAGAAGAAGUUGUGCACGGCCCACAUGUGCAGCACCCUGGAGCAUAACUGUGCCCACUUCUGCAUCAACAUCCCUGGCUCAUACGUCUGCAGGUGCAAACAAGGCUACAUUCUCAACUCAGAUCAGACGACUUGCAGAAUCCAGGAUCUGUGUGCCAUGGAGGACCACAACUGUGGGCAGCUCUGUGUGAAUGUGCCGGGCUCCUUUGUCUGCCAGUGCUACAGUGGCUACACCCUGGCUGAGGACGGGAAGAGCUGUGUGGCUGUGGACUACUGUGCUUCAGAAAACCACGGAUGUGAACAUGAAUGUGUAAAUGCUGAUGGCUCCUACCUUUGCCAGUGCCAUGAAGGAUUUGCCCUUAACCCAGAUAAAAAAACGUGCACAAAGAUAGACUACUGUGCCUCAUCUAAUCACGGAUGUCAGCAUGAGUGUGUUAACACAGAUGAUUCCUAUUCCUGCCGCUGCCUGAAAGGCUUUAUCCUGAAUCCAGAUAAGAAAACCUGCAGAAGGAUCAACUACUGUGCACUGAACAAACCAGGCUGUGAGCACGAGUGCGUCAACACGGAGGAGAGCUACUACUGCCGCUGCCGCCGUGGCUACACUCUGGACCCCAACGGCAAAACCUGCAGCCGAGUGGACCACUGUGCACAGCAGGACCAUGGCUGUGAGCAGCUGUGUCUGAACACGGAGGAGUCCUUCGUCUGCCAGUGCUCAGAAGGCUUCCUCAUCAACGAGGACCUCAAGACCUGCUCCCGGGUGGAUUACUGCCUGCUGAGUGACCAUGGUUGUGAAUACUCCUGCGUCAACAUGGACAGAUCCUUUGCCUGUCAGUGUCCUGAGGGACACGUGCUCCGCAGCGAUGGGAAGACAUGUGCAAAAUUGGACUCUUGUGCUCUGGGGGACCACGGUUGUGAACACUCAUGUGUAAGCAGUGAAGAUUCGUUUGUAUGCCAGUGCUUUGAAGGUUAUAUACUCCGUGAAGAUGGGAAAACCUGUAGAAGGAAAGAUGUCUGCCAAGCAGUAGACCAUGGCUGUGAACACAUUUGUGUGAACAGUGACGACUCAUACACGUGCAAGUGCUUGGAGGGAUUCCGGCUCGCCGAGGAUGGGAAGCGCUGCCAAAGGAAGGAUGUCUGCAAAUCAACCCACCAUGGCUGCGAACACAUUUGUGUUAAUAAUGGGAUUUCCUACAUCUGCAAAUGCUCAGAGGGAUUUGUUCUAGCUGAGGAUGGAAGACGGUGUAAGAAAUGCACUGAAGGCCCAAUUGACCUGGUCUUUGUGAUCGAUGGAUCCAAGAGUCUUGGAGAAGAGAAUUUUGAGGUCGUGAAGCAGUUUGUCACCGGAAUUAUAGAUUCCUUGACAAUUUCCCCCAAAGCCGCUCGAGUGGGGCUGCUCCAGUAUUCCACGCAGGUCCGCACAGAGUUUACCCUGAGAAACUUCAACUCCGCCAAAGACAUGAAAAAAGCCGUGGCCCACAUGAAGUACAUGGGAAAGGGCUCUAUGACUGGGCUGGCCCUGAAACACAUGUUUGAGAGAAGUUUUACCCAAGGAGAAGGGGCCAGGCCCCUUUCCACAAGGGUGCCCAGAGCAGCCAUCGUGUUCACCGACGGACGGGCUCAGGAUGACGUCUCCGAGUGGGCCAGUAAAGCCAAGGCCAAUGGUAUCACUAUGUAUGCUGUUGGGGUAGGAAAAGCCAUUGAGGAGGAACUACAAGAGAUUGCCUCUGAGCCAACAGACAAACAUCUCUUCUAUGCUGAAGACUUCAGCACAAUGGAUGAGAUAAGUGAAAAACUCAAGAAAGGCAUCUGUGAAGCUCUAGAAGACUCCGAUGGAAGACAGGACUCUCCAGCAGGGGAACUGCCAAAAAGGGUCCAACAGCCAACAGUGCAACACAGAUACCUGUUUGAAGAAGACAAUCUUUUACGGUCUACACAAAAGCUUUCUCAUUCAACAAAACCUUCAGGAAGCCCUCUGGAAGAAAAACACGAUCAAUGCAAAUGUGAAAACCUUAUAAUGUUCCAGAACCUUGCAAACGAAGAAGUAAGAAAAUUAACACAGCGCUUAGAAGAAAUGACACAGAGAAUGGAAGCCCUGGAAAAUCGCCUGAGAUACAGAUGAAGAUUAGAAAUCGCAACACGUUUGUAGUCAUUGUAUCAAGGAUUACAAUGAAAGCAGUGCAGAGCCCCAAAGCACAGGCUAUUGUUAAAUCAAUAAUGUUGUGAAGUAAAACAAUCAGUACUGAGAAAGCUGGUUUGCCAUAGAACAAAGACAAGAAGUAGACACUAACUUGUAUAAAUUUAUCUAGGAAAAAAAUCCUUCAGAAUUCUAAGAUGAAUUUACCAGGUGAGAAUGAAUAAGCUAUGCAAGGCAUUUUGUAAUAUACUGUGGACACAACUUGCUUCUGCCUCGUCCUGCCUUAGUGUUGCAAUCUCAUUUGACUAUAUGAUAAAGUUUGCACAGUCUUACUUCUGUAGAACACUGGCCAUAGGAAAUGCUGUUUUUUUGUAUUGGACUUUACCUUGAUAUAUGUAUAUGGAUGUAUGCAUAAAAUCAUACGACAUGUACUUGUGGAACAAGUUGGAUUUUUUAUACAAUAUUAAAAUUCACCACUUCAGA